UGGAUGUUGUUAUCGUGACUAGAAGGUCUUUGAAAAUCAUGAUGCACUAAUUAACGUGACGCUGGAAGUAAAUUAGGCUUGCUCCUUGUCAUGACUUCCAACUUUGAGCCAGAGCCUCCUGCUUUCGUCUUUGAAAGGGCUUACAACAACGACCAUCAGUUCCUGUUCGAUUUUCCGAAUAAAAAGAUAAUGCCCAAUGCGCGUCAAAUACAGCUGCAGCGCCUCUAUGAUAUCGUGAAUCUCGGCGUACAGCGAGACGACUUUCCCCGUGCCAGACGUGCUUGGUCCAUCCUAGCCAGAUGCAAAGAAUUAAAUUGGAAAGCAAUGUGGAGGUUGGGCAUCACCUUACUCGAAAAUGAUGUCCGCGUCGUGGAGAGCAAUCCACACAAGAUAGAUUUUUUACGGACAAUGUUACUCCAACUUCCCGAGGAGCGAGAACGCAUUCUUGCUGAAUUGGUUCAGCAUUACAUUCUUGCUGGCAGGUACAGAGAUGCACUCGAUGAGCUUGAGUUUUACCUCCCUUCAUUCCCUUAUCGUGACAAUCCAGUACUUCACAUCUAUGCAGGCUUGCUGUGUAUUUUCAUAGCCCAGCCUCCAGAAUCAGCUGGUGCCAAUGAAGUCGAGGGAUCUACUUAUGAUAACAACUCUCUCAGUCGCGCUCAGACCUAUCUUGAACACGCAAAGGUAUUGGAUCCCAAUAACAUUGUCGUAAGCGAAUUUUUGCAUAAGCUGCAUUCCAUUUCUCAAGGACCAGGAUUACUCUCUUUCGCAAGCCAUCAUUCUGAAGAUGAGACUCACACCAAAGGUUUUCAGCCAUCGCAACCAAAGCGAAGGAGAAGAAAAUUUUGAAUGUACUCGUUCAACGGCUCACAAGUGAAU